AUGGUGCACGGGCAUGCACACCACAACAUCCACCGCCCCGCCCAAGCCCUCAAGGAGCGGGCUCUGGAGGGGGCUCUGGAGGAACGGGGACUCGGCGAUGAUAUAGCGCGGUGGGGGGGUUUCAAAACAAUGAUGGGCGGUAACGAUGAUGACUCGACUACAACGACUGCGACUGCCCACCAAAACGCCGGUGUUGGUGCUGCCGUGGCCGCUACUGCUACCAAGACCGCCGAUAAUGACACAACCACUACGACGGAGAAGACAACAGCCAAGGAGACCCAGCAUACCGAAAAAACCACCGAGAAGGAGACCUCGACCAAGACUACUGCCAGGGAAACGGAAAAGACUACGGAUACCACCAAGGCAGAGGUGACUAAGACCACCGAGCACACUUCCGCUACUCAAACCACUGCCGAGACGCACAAGACGUCCUCCUUUAUCACUUCUGCCAGCACUACUGCCGACCCUAGCACAGAUAUCAAUGCCUUGGCCGCCACAUCGACUGGAUCAGCUACGGACUCCGCCGCGAGUGCAUCGUCUACUACCAGCGCCGCAUCCCAGGGCAUGUCCUCUGGUGCGAAGGCGGGUGUCGCCAUUGGUGUCAUUCUCGGCGUCGGUGUUUUGGCCGCCUUGAUCUUCUUCUUCAUUCGCAAGAAGAAGCAGAGCAAGGAAAUUGCCGAGCCUAUGGACGAAAAGGCAUUCAAUCUCCCGCCUCCGCCUCCUGUUAAGCCGUCGACUCCUUCGACACCUCCGGUUCUUAACGUUCGACCUAUCACUCAAUUCGCUCCGGAUCUUAGCAACGGCGCUUCGUUCAACCCUGCCACUGCUACCGCAGCUGGUGCUGCAGUUGGCGCAACUGUCGGUGCUGGAGCAGCUACUUCGCGCAAUCUUACAGGAAACUCACCUCCUCCCACCCCGCCCAAGUCUGCGAGCAGCAGCCAGAACCCCUUCAACGACCCCGUCAAUCCUUUCAGCCCCGUGGAUCAGACUGCUGCUGCUAGUCCCACAGCUGAUGUUGGUUCUGGUGCUGCUGGUGCCGCGGCUGUCGGUGCCGUUGGCGCUGCAGCCAUUGCUUCCCAAGGAUCAUCUAAUGGACAAUCUGGCCGCCCCCUUUCGUUUGAGUCUGUCGCUCAUUCGGCCCCUGGUACCUCCCCAAGUCCCGUCAGUGCCGAUGGUGAUUCAAUCUCAGCGGCUGCUAUGGCUGCUGGUGGAGCUGCUGCAAUUGGCGCCGCUGGUGUCGCCGGUGCUGCUGCUGGUCCUGGUGCUGAUAACGUUCACCGAGUUCAAAUGGACUUCAAUCCCUCAGCGGAGGACGAGAUCGGUCUCCGUGUCGGUACACUGGUGCGAAUGCUUCAUGAAUACGACGAUGGAUGGGCUCUUUGUGUUCGCCUCGACCGUUCUCAGCAAGGAGUGGCACCACGAUCUUGCCUUUCAGCGCGUCCUGUGAAGCCUCGCCCGCGUCCACCCCCUGGUGCGGGUCCUGGUCCUGGUCCUCGCGGCCCGCCGAUGGGUCCUAACGGCCGCAUGCCUCCUGGUCGAUUCUACCCCGGAGAUGCACGCCCUAGAUCCCCUGCCGGUCCUGGUGGCCCUGGAUUCUCUGGUCCACCACCCCAGCAGCGCCCUUACCCAGGAGGUCCCCCCCGCGGGAUUCCCAGUUCCUCGUUCGAUGUCUCCUGGUCCACGAUCAAUGUCCCCAGGACCAGGACGACCUGGUCCACCCCUGGUCCUUACGGUCCUCCUGGCAUGCAGCGUCCCGCCAUGCCUGUUGCCCAGCGCCAGCGCAGCAACAGUGCCGGUAAUAUUUCUCCACCCAACGUGGGCGCUGGUUUCCCUCCCAAGCCGAGCCCCUUGGCUGCAGAGCCUCCUGCCCCGGCGCCUACCAGUCAGCUCCCUGCCAUUCCAGCCUCCGCGCCCCCCGCGAGCUCCUCCCCUCCUAUCUCCCCUCAGGGAUCCAUCAACCGGAAGCCUGUCGGUAGCCAGGAGGCAUAG